AUGCCCAAAGCGCGUCCUGAAUGGCGGUAUUGUCGCCACUUCAAGCCUCUCACCAUCCAUUGCGAAUUUCCCCCUGAACGAGGUUAUACCCCUCCUCCUUUGACACAGCAUCAAGUGUUUUCAUGCGACACAGAUUCAUUGUCGCCUGAUGCCGUAGAACAAAUUCCGCCAGCAAUUCCUUUGCCCUCCAAGAUUCCGAAGCCGCGAGGAGAGGUUUCCCGUCUCAGUCGGGGCGGAUACAAUUUGCAGGAGACACUUGGCUGGCCUGCGUCUGAGUAUGAAGAAACCCGCGCUUUUGUUUCACAACUAGCCCGUGAAUACCUCAAAGUACAUAAGUCAUGGAGGCUCCAAGCACAGCCGCAGUUAGCCAUUGUCUAUGUAGAGGCGCAGAAACGAUAUCCUAUCCUUGAACGUUAUGAAGGAAGUUGGGUCAUCGGUGAUAUGCUUCGUAUUUUUUUGAAAAAUAGUUGUAGCCGUGAUACUUCGGCAUAA